AUGGAAUCGUCCUUGAGAAAGGACCAAGUUCUUCGGAACCUCUGGGGGAAUCAGGAUGUUGACCAGAUGACUCUACAGAUCACUCCGUACAUAGCGGAGGAGUUGGUUGAGCGCCUCAAAGCGGUCCAUCUAGAAGACAUCGGCUCCUCAGAAUGGUACACUCACCACCAAGUUGUGCAGCAGCUGAAUCUGCACGCCCAUCAACAAGCUAGUGCUGCAACCGACGAGUUUAUCAUGGAUACGAUAGUUACAAAGGACAAAAUCUACCAUGAAGCUCUCCUAGUCAACUUGUUGGAAGUUCUGCUCUAUCACAAGACUGCUGCACAGGCGGCCGAUGCUCACCUCGUCGACCUUGUCGAUUAUAUCAACCGACAAGUUGUGUACCUAGACAUCACGCAACUUUCCAGUCCGUUGCCGAGUGUCGACAAAGGCGCCCAGGCGCUGCCGUCUGAUGAAGAAGAGCUCGACCGCCAGGCAAAGGACCAUCAGUUCAAAAUCUGCAUGACUUGCCUGUCCAUUCUUCGAUUCCUGACGGAUCACCGCGACGGCCUCCCGGUCACAGUCACGACCCGCCUUUUAGACCAACAUGACAUCCUCCUAUCUCUCGUGUCUCUAAUGGAACGAAAGCCGUGGUACAGGACGCGUCCAAACGGAGAGAGAGAGUUCUUCGAGGACCAGCAAUGGACGCUUCAAAGGAGUGACGAAGCGAGCAUGUCAAAAGUGGAAGCCCAAGUGUGGCUGUCGAUCUACAACCUCGUGAUGGAUCAGGAGUGUCGAAACAGAUAUGAAAUGACUACCUACAGACGCGACACACUGUUGCGGCUGCGCAGACAUCUGAACGAAACGGUCCAUGACCAGAUUCCUCCACUGAUGGAUUUGCAUCGCGCGCUUGAACAACUGGCAAUCACAGGCCAACACCCUGAAGAGAAACACAGAAUUCCUCCCAUCUUGGUGGAACUGAGCGCAGAGGUGAGGGAAAAGCUUCUGGAUGCCUACGCAGGAAAGUGGAAAGAAGUCGCAGAAAGACAGAAAACCGUGUACAGUGAAGCGAAGGAAGAGGACCUCUCCCGCCUCUCCAACUUCAUGGUUGCGCUCCCGUUCGAAUCCGCAGCCAGCAAACGCUGCAGAACUUGUGGCCGACAUGCAGACCAGAGAUGCGCAAAAUGCAAAGUGACGUGGUACUGCACUCGCGAGUGUCAAAUCCACGACUGGCGAAACCAUAAAGAAAUCUGUAGAGCUGUCUCCCCAGCGACCUGA